UCCCCGCCCCCUCAGCGGAAGUCGAGCGCCAAACUCAAACUGUAGCGGGACCCUGACGCCGCUCGGGGCGGUACCGCGGUCCCGGCCCAUUGGACGUUGCGCACAGCGGCGGGGCGGCGGUCCAGCAUGAGCCAGGUUCUGUUCCAGCAGCUCGUCCCGCUGCAGGUGAAGUGCAAAGACUGCGAGGAGAGGAGAGUAAGUGUUAGAGUGAGCAUUGAACUACAAUCAGUUUCUAAUCCAGUUCACAGAAAGGAUUUAGUUAUUCGUCUGACCGAUGAUACUGAUCCAUUUUUCCUCUAUAACCUUGUUAUAUCUGAGGAAGAUUUUCAGAGUUUAAAAUUCCAGCAAGGUCUUCUAGUAGACUUCUUAGCUUUCCCACAGAAAUUCAUAGAUCUCCUUCAGCAGUGCACCCAAGAACACGCCAAGGAAAUCCCAAGGUUUUUACUGCAAUUAGUUUCUCCAGCAGCUCUUGUGGAUAACUCACCUGCCUUUUUAAAUGUAGUAGAGACAAAUCCUUUUAAGCAUCUUACACACCUCUCCCUAAAACUUUUACCUGGAAAUGAUGUGGAAAUAAAGAAGUUUCUAGCAGGCUGUUUGAAAUGUAGCAAGGAGGAAAAAUUAUCAUUGACACAAUCGCUAGAAGAUGUUACUAGGCAACUGAAUUUCACACAAAAGACAUUAUCAGAAAAAAUCCAAGAAUUAGAUAAAUUGCGGAACGAAUGGGCGUCACACACAGCAGCUUUGUCAAGUAAGCACUCUCAGGAGCUGGCCAGUGAGAGGGAAAAGGCCUUGCAGGCGCAGGUUCACUACCAACAGCAGCAUGAGCAGCAGAAAAAAGACUUAGAAAUCCUCCAUCAGCGAAACAGCCAGCAGCUGCAGAGCAGGUUGUCUGAAUUAGAAGCAGCUAAUAAAGACCUCACCGAAAGGAAGUACAAAGGAGAUGCCACCAUCAGAGAACUUAAAGCAAAACUGUCCGGGGUUGAGGAGGAGCUCCAGCGGGCUAAGCAAGAAGUCCUCUCUUUGCGGAGGGAGAAUUCUACACUGGACGCCGAAUGCCACGAAAAAGAAAAGCAUGUUAAUCAGCUACAAACAAAGGUGGCUGUUUUAGAACAGGAAAUCAAGGAUAAGGACCAGCUUGUUCUAAGAACAAAAGAAGCGUUUGAUACAAUCCAGGAACAAAAGGUGGCUUUAGAAGAACAUGGUGAUAAAAAUCGGGUGCAAAUAGGAAAACUUGAAGAUACCAUAAAAUCAUUAUCAGCAGAACUACUUAAGGCAAAUGAAAUUAUCAAGAAGUUACAAGGGGAUCUGAAAACUUUAAUGGGUAAAUUGAAACUGAAGAACACGGUUACCAUUCAGCAAGAGAAACUCUUGGCUGAAAAGGAAGACAAAUUACAAAAGGAACAAAAGGAAUUACAAGAUGUGGGACAGUCUCUCCGAAGUAAAGAGCAGGAGGUAUGCAAAUUACAAGAACAAUUAGAAGCUACCAUUCAAAAACUUGAAGAAAGCAAACAGCUUCUAAAAAAUAAUGAAAAGUUGAUCACAUGGCUAAAUAAAGAACUCAAUGAAAACCAGCUGGUGAGGAAGCAGGGCGUGCUGGGCCCUGCCACCACGCCGCCAGGGCUUCCGGCCAGCGCCCUCAGGGGCGGAGUCUCUCCCAGCCCCAGUGCGGUUGAUGGUAGACUGACUUACCCAGCUUGUGGAAUUGGUUACCCUGGCUCCUCAGCAUUUGCUUUCCAGAACACCUUUUCCCACCCUCUGUCUGCCAAGAGCACCGGCUACCCAGGUGUAGGACCAAAGGUUCAGUUUAACUUGCAGUUUACGCAACCUGGUACGUCGCUAGGGGAUGCCCAGUCAGCAGCAGCUAUUAGUGUGCCUUGCUCCGCUGAUAAGGAAAACAGUGGAAAUGUGGGGCUGGAACCCAAGUACCUGAAGCAAAGGGAGGGGAGCACCCCGUUACGUGGGCUCAGCCAGAACCUCCUGGGCAGCUCAGACCGCCAGAAAGAUGGCACGUUGGGAGCACUGCAGACGUCCUGCAAGCCAGCCGCGGUCCCUUCCUCCUCAGCGUACUUCCCCGGGCAGCUACCGCACAGUUAAUCCUGGGGCCACGCU